GUGGUGGAUGCAUGCUGACAUGUUCACUCCCAUCUUGUUGGACUGUGGUUCAUAGAGAGAUGUGAGUGGAUGGAUGCAAAAUGGUGGCCAUGGAUAGUUGCUGAAUGUGAUUCUCUCUCCUACCCCAUUGCAUUUGCAUUCAUAGCAUGUGAAUGGUGUGCUUGAUCACUGCAUGUAUCUCUACUAUAUUAUUGAGACAUUGCCUUAGGAUAAUGUAUGGUUUUGUUCAACAUCCCAUACUCAUUCAUUGCCCAUAUGUUUUACAGUUGGUGCAACCAGUUGAACUUGAAAGCAGUUAUAUCUCUGUCCCUAGAUUGUCCACAUCAAGGCAGCCUUCCCUGAUGGCACUUGCAGAACAUGGCAUUGAUGCAGGUCAAGGAUGGGUGCACUACAAAGGAGGAUUUGCAGCAGGAUCUGACAGUGAUUGUCAGAAAAUAUCAGACAUCAGGCAUCCAAGAAAUUGUUAAUGCAUGCAUUGCAGAAGCCUUCCAGCAGCAUGGUGAAAGUGUGGAUGAUUUAUGCUCCAUGCUUGUGGGUAUAGCACAGG